AUCCCUAUCGGAAAUAGUGCUCUGUUAGCCGGCGGAACCGAACACGCGUUGUGAGUAUGUGUUUGGUUUGAGUUUGGUGCGCUAUCAUCCUCAUGAUGGCUGCUCACAGUAACAACUUUAUCCGCGUCCGAUUACUCUUUGAAUACCCGCCUCCCGCCACAGCGGACUGCCGGAUGUGCUGGCUGCUCGUGGACCUGAACAGGUGUCGCGUGGUGUCGGACCUGGAGGGUCUAAUUAGAGAGAAGUUCGAGUUCAGCCGCAGGAGCAUCCUGAACCUGUUCAUCGAUGACUGCUACCUGCCGCACACCGAGAGCGUGUACGUGGUGCGGGACAACGACAGCGUCAGGGUGAAGGUGGAUCAUCUGGCGCCGGUGAACGGGCAUAUCAGCUCUCCGGUAACAGACGGUGAAAGCCGCAGAAAGAGGCAGAGACCUGCAGAGGAGGACGGAGCGGGAGAGACCCUGAAGAAGAAAAAGAAGAAAAAAAGAAGCGAGGGAAGUCAGGAGAGGGAUGACGGCAAGCAAGCUGACAGGGGUGAGAGCAACACAAAGUCACAAGAGAAGCACAAAGAGAAGAAGAAAAGGAAGGAGGUAGAGGAAAGUGUUCCUGCUGUCACGCCGAAACCGGUGGCUCCGACCAAAAAGACGCCAACGAGCGUAGAGCAGCCAGUUAAAACCAUCAAGAAGCUCCCGGCAAAACCACAGAAAGCCUCCUCUUCAGACUCCAGCAGCAGCAGCAGCGAGGAUGAAGCUCCCAAAAAAAAAGCUUCCCAAAAACCAGCUCCUAAAACCACCUCCUCCUCCACGCCCGCCGCCUCCAAGGUGACUCAAAACACAAAGAAAAAAGCUCCGCCUCCUUCCUCGUCCUCGUCAGAAACCUCGUCGGAUGAAGCAGCGAGUGCAAAAAACCCGCUUAAAAAGAAACUUUUAAACUCUGCAAUCCCUAAAAAAAGUGUAAAUGCUAAACCUCAGCAGGCUCCUCCUCCUCCUCAGACAUCCACAAAGCCUGCACAGAAACCGUCCUCGAGUGCAGCGCUAGCGCCCCCUAGUGGCAAACUGGCGCGGUCUUCCAGCUCAGACAGCGAAGAGGAGAUCCAGCUGGUUAUCCGACGGCCGGUUCAGCCCGCUCAGCAGCUCGGCCGCGGUUUGGGAAUCCAGUCGCCGGGGAGGGGUCGUGGGCGGGGUAUGAUGAGGGGUGGGGGCCCCGCGGGGAGGGGUGAGGGAAGAGGAAACAUCAGAGGGCACAACAACAGCUUUGAGUUUAACUAUAACGGAGCCACAGAGCCGACCUACCAGACCGACUCGCUGACCAACAUGUCAGUCGUCAUACAGAACAGAACAGAAAGUGUUCCCAAAAAGGACUACAGCUCCAUGCCGCUGUUAGCCGCCCCUCCUCAGGCGGGGCAGAAGAUCGCCUUCAAGCUGCUGGAGCUGACGGAGAACUACACACCCGAGGUUUCAGAGUAUAAGGAGGGACGGAUUGUGAGCUUCGACCUGACAACCAAUCAGGUGGAGCUGAACCUUCUCUGCUCCUCUCAAGCUCCUGUAGAACCUGGAAAGUUCGACCUGGUUUAUCAGAACCCGGAUGGUUCAGAGCGGGUGGAGUACGCCGUGUCCAGAGGCUCCCGGGUGACAGAGCGAUGGGACUCUCUGCUGGAGCCUCGACUGAUCAUUUAAAUCUCACAAACAGAAAUUGAGUAAUAUUUGUUGUUUCCUCUGGAACUAAAUGCUUUUAUGUUUUCUAAAUGAUGUGACUGUGAAUACCGGUCUUGUAAACUGUUUUUCUAAUAAAAUACUCCAAAGAUAA